AAAAUAAAAUUACGAGAGCAAUAGCUAGGGUUUCUGUGAAGAGCCAUCGGACAGUGAAUAUCUAGGGUUUUCUUUCGAGAACCGUCGGGGAGAGAAAGCUUGAAACUUUGCUGCUGCAUCUCUUCCCUUCUUCCUCAGAGAUAUCACCAACAUGGCGAACACAAUGGCUCGGUCCUUUCUGCAAGUAGCAGCCACAGAGGAGGUCGCUCCCCCGCUCAGAGUCGUUCAGAUCGAGGGUCUGGUUAUACUGAAGAUUAUCAAACACUGCAAGGAGCUUUCCCCAGCUCUUGUUACAGGGCAACUUCUUGGGUUAGAUGUUGGCAGUGUUCUUGAAGUUACUAAUUGUUUCCCUUUUCCAAUCCGGGAUGAAGAUGAGGAGAUUGAAGCAGAUGGUGCCAAUUAUCAGCUUGAAAUGAUGAGAUGUUUGAGAGAAGUUAAUGUGGAUAAUAAUACUGUUGGAUGGUACCAAUCAACUCUGUUAGGUUCUUUUCAGACUGUGGAACUGAUUGAGACCUUUAUGAAUUACCAGGAGAAUAUAAGACGGUGUGUCUGUAUUAUCUAUGAUCCUUCAAAGUCUUCCCAAGGUGUCUUAGCUCUCAAGGCCUUGAAGCUGUCAGAUUCUUUCAUGGAACUUUAUCGUAAUAACAAUUUUACGGGAGAGAAGUUGAGAGAGAAAAACCUAUCCUGGGUGGAUAUCUUUGAGGAGAUACCUAUCAAGGUUUCGAACUCUGCUCUCAUCAGUGCCUUUAUGACAGAGCUGGAGGCUGAUUCACCUGUCACCCAGUGCGAUUUUGAUCGGUUACAAUUAUCAACCAAUCCAUUUAUGGAGAGGAAUGUCGAAUUUUUAAUUGAAUGCAUGGAUGACUUGUCAAUGGAACAGCAAAAGUUCCAAUUCUACUAUCGGAACCUGUCACGUCAACAAUCGCAGCAGCAAGCAUGGCUUCAGAAGAGAAGGACAGAGAACAUGGCACGUAAAGCUGCUGGAGAAGAGCUGUUACCAGAGGAGGAUCCUUCAAACCCCAUCUUUAAGCCAAUUCCUGAGCCAUCACGGUUGGAUAGCUUCCUCAUCACCAAUCAAAUCUCAAACUACUGUAAUCAAAUUAACGGGGUUGCAGGACAGAGUUUCAGCAAACUAUAUUUGAUGAAGGCCUUGCAUGAGAAUUGAUGUAAUCCCUAGCUAUCCAAUGCCACCACGCACGGCGUUGUUUUGGAAUGUCAAGACCAGGAAGACUCUUGCCUGGUUGGUGCGUGUCGGAAGAAUGAACCCUUUGUUCAAAAAAAAAAUAAAAUAUAUUGUUGACUUUUUAUGAGCUGAAAAAUGAUGGGUUUUGAUCUGUAGCUUUUAGUACCUUCUCUUCUUCUUCCCUUUCUGUUUGUCAUUUUUUCCCGUUUACAUAGGUCAGGGUUGAGGUGAUUGAUACAAUGGCCAUAGAAGAAUUAGGGAUAUGAAAUCUCGAACUCAGCUUUUUUGGAACAUUUUUCACUGUCAAUUAUGCGUAUUUCUCUUCCUUUCCUCCAAA